AUGAAUAAUCUGCUGGCAAAAGUACUGCCCGGGAAGGCACAGAUGGAAAUGAACCCGUUAUCAGAAAAUGGAGGAAAGGAGAUCCUUACACAGUGGCAGACAUCAGCAGCAUUGUCGUCUGCAGCUUAUGUAGCAACGAAGAAUUUGGAUAUUCACCAGAGGCAAUUUCUAAGCAAUGUGUUGAAGGAACAGGCUGGCUUCUUCUUGCUGCUUGCUGGAAAAUGUGAAAGGAAAGAGACAACUUGA